CUGAUGUACUUGAAAAAAAAUUCCCAUUACUUUUUGAGUCUUUGGCUAGCUGUUCCUCAAAUUCUUUUUUUGGCUUUCCUUUCCUGUGUGUCUUUCAGGAGGGCUGCACCAUGUGUGUUACAGGAGCUCAGACCCGUGUCACUGCCCAGCACCAUGGGGAGGGCAGCUGCCCCAUACAGAUGCCCUUUUUUGGCCUUGGUGCUGGUGCCCUGGCUGUGUGCCCCUGUCCUCCUGCCCAUUGCAUGCAGCAGGCGCACGCAUGCACACACACACUAACAUUUGCUGAAGCCACUGCCCUUAUUAGCCAUAAGAUUCUGCGGACUGCUCUUUAUGGGGGUUAAAAAGGGGCAAAGGGGGCAAAUUGGAGGAGAGGAGAGGCCAGGGUCUGAGUAGGGGGUGAACAUUAAAAUAAAAAAGCCCCUCUGCUCCCCCAUCCUAUUUUUUGCCAAACACUGGUGUCUCAGUCCACGAGGGUAACUGUUACCCCCCCUGCCCCUGCCUGUGCCAGGGUUUUGCCCUCUGUCACCACCUCACUCCUGGGCUUAACUUGUCUCCUCCCCCCACAUGCCUGAUUUUGCCUUCAGCCACCUACCCUAACCCUGCCUCCAGUUGCUUGACCCCCCUGUACCUUGUGUCCGGGCAGCAGGAGCCCAUUAGAGGGCAGCCAGCUCCCCGCCCCUGGGCUGUGGGGCCCCGCUGCGCCUUGAGGAGCUGGCUAGGACGGCAGGGGGGCUGGGAGCCUGGACUCUUGGGUUCUUUCCCAGCUCUGGGAGGGGAGCGGGGACUAGUGGGUACAAGAGGGCCAUGGCCAGGCUGUGCAGCGUGUGUGUCACAGAGCUCACCCCCAUGUCCCUGCCCAGUGCCAUGGGGAGGGCAGCUGCCCCAUACAGGUGCCGUGUUCUGACCUCGGUGCUGGCGCUGAAGGAGCUGGCGCCCAGGCUGGCUGCCCCUUCCUCCUCCUCAUCAUGCCGGGCUCUGCACACCUCAGGUGCCACCCCCGCUGGCCACAACAAAUGGUCCAAGGUCAAGCACAUCAAGGGCCCGCGGGAUGCCGAGCGCAGCCGGCUCUUCCAGAAGCUCACCAUGCUGCUGCGCUUUGCUGUGAAAGAGGGGGGACCCAACCCUGAUGUCAAUGCCAACCUGGCCAACAUCAUCGAGCAAUGCCGGAGCAAGAGCAUGCCCAAAGCAUCCAUUGAGGCUGCCAUCAAGGGAGGGGACAAAGGGAAGAGCUCCUCGUACCUGCUCUACGAAGCCAGAGGCCCUGGGGGAUCUGCGCUGCUCAUUGAGGUGCUGACGGACAAUGCAAAGCGAGCCUACCAGGAUAUCCGGCUCAUCCUGAGCCGCAAUGGGGGGCAGAUGUCCGAUGGGGCCCGGCACAGCUUUGACAAGAAGGGGGUGAUCACGGUCAGCGGGCAGGACUGUCAGCAGAGGCCAGUGGCCCUGGAGCAGGCCCUGGAGUUGGCAAUCGAGGCCGGGGCCCAGGAUGUGUGGGAAGAAGAGGAGGAGGAGGAGCGAGCAGUUCUGAAGUUUGUGUGUGAGGUGCCAUCACUGCACCAGGUGCGGGAGAAGCUGGACUCGCUGGGGCUACAGUCACUCUCCACUGCCCUGGAGUUCAUCCCCAAUGCCAAGGUGCGGCUGUCAGAGGAAGAGAUGGAGCGGGCAUCCCAGCUGCUGGCCACGCUGGGCGACUGCCAGGAGGUGAUCCGAGUCUACGACAACAUCGAGUAGGGGCCAGCGCAGUGGGGUAGCAGAUGGAGAUCCGCCCAGAUAGACGGUGACAAGUAAUGUCGUUCCCGGCUUGGCCUAGUCGUGGCCUAAGAUCAGCCCGUAUGGAGGGCAGUGGGUGCAUGGUUGACAGCUCAGCUUGAGAUCCUCCCGUAUGGACGGCAACCGGUGUGUGGUUCGCAGCUUGGCCUAGUCCCUUGGAUCAGGAGCCCAUGGGGCAAUCAGUUCAAGACUCUGCCUCAUCCUGCCUUGGGAUUGGACGCCUGAGCUACACGUGAUUUAGGGCUCAGCCCAAGAUCGGGCUUAAUUUGAGAUUUCUUCCCAGGGUGAACCAUCCCCAUCGUUUUCGGGCCAUUAGUAAUAGGUGCAGCUCUCCAGGUUUCAGCACUGGGUGCAAUCUAGCGGCACACUCAGGUGCAGAAGCCCUCGCUCCUGAGGAUGGGGUAUGUUCUCUGAGGCACCUUAUGGCUCCUAACUUCGUCCCCUGGGAUUCGUGACCUGAACGCCUCAGCUCCCCUCUUGAAUCUGAUCCCGCAGGCCUUCUGCAGUAAGGCUUCCCUGCGUGAUGCUCUGGCACGUCCUCCUCCCCCUGCCUCUCUCCCACUGUGAUAGGUGGAGGGAGCUUCCUCCGCACCCAUACAGCACCGAAUGCUCCGUGGAUAAAGAGUAACACUGACCCAAGGCGAUGACAACCUACGGACUUAACACCUCCCUGUUGUGUGACCCUCUAUUCAGCACCCCCAGCAGGAGAACAAUAGGGAGUGCACCCCACCCUCCAAAUGUACUGUCUGAGGAGGGCGGCUGUUCCCUUACACUGCUUAAUAAAUGGUUUGUUUGUCAGUGC